AAAAGCGUUCCGGCCACCCUCCUCCUUCGAUAUCCUCCGAUCCGAGUGCCUCCUCGCAGUCGAUUUCCACAUUCGCGACGAGAAAGAUUGAUAACUCGGUUAGAUGAUUAUGGGCAAAAAGAAAAAGAGGAACUUUUUUUUUCUGUAAAGGUGGAGAUGGUGCUUCUGAUCGACUAAUAGAGUGUUUGCACUGAUCUUUUUUUGUCUGCAAGUAAUCUGCAACUUUUGUCUUUUUUGUUAUGUUAGCCAGUCUUGUAGCAUUCUUUAUGCAUGUAUUGAAUCUUUUGAUGCUCGAAGUCCUUUUUUUAUUGCUAUUUUUAUCGUAUUUGGCUGUGUCAAAGUCUACUGCGGGUAUAUUUUUAGCCUUCGGUUUGUUUAUGGCUUUUCCUAAUGUUUUAUCCACCUUACUCAUGCACAAUCUUAUUUCUAAUCUUUUAUUUGUAUUUGCAAAUUUUUAUUAUUCCGUUAACAUAGUCUACUUCUUUUUGUAAGUCAAUUAAUAAUUGUUUAGUUUCUAGCUUAAUAGUUUUAGGAUCAGUGAUGUUUAUUGCUUCUACUGCCUUUUUCAGCUCUUUUUAUUAGGACUUUGCUUUAUUAAUUCAACUGCUUCUUUGAUCUGAUCUCUUAUAUAGUCUAUAUUUCCUAGUAUAGUUCGUGGACUGCUCUGACUUGGUCUUCCAGUCAAUUCUAAGAAUUCUGAUAUUUAUCUAUUCAUUAUCUAUUCAUUUUCUCUUGUUGCUACAACUUUAUGAAGCAGUCUACUAUUAGUUUUUCUACAAAUGAACCUUAACUAAAUUGUAUUUGGGAAUUCUACUGCUUAACUUUUAUCCUUUUUUCUAAAUUGCAUUUGGUUUUUAUUUCUUUUUUAACUUCUAGAUCGAUAUAAGCUAAACGUUCAAUGGUGAAUAAUUUUUUUCUGUUUUUUCUCUGAUAUCAUUCCUGAAUCCUAAAAAAGGACCCUUUAAAAACCUAGACCCUAAACCCCUCUUGGUAUAUUUUUCUAAAUUCUAUAUUCUGAAGUUGAGUUCCUUUCCUCUUUUCAUUCCCUCUCUUUUUGUAUCUUUUUCUUUCCUCCUUUCUCUUCUUCUGCUUGGAUCAUGGCUAAGAUUAGGAGGGUUGGCUAAUCCCAUUUGAUCCUGUUGCUGAUUGGCCAAUUCUUUCCGAUUCUUGACUCUCCAAGAACUAGAAUCGUUAUCUCAGAUAUUUGGCUUGUACACAGAUCAGCCUGUGCAAAUAGAGAUUGUCCAAGUUUUUAGAACUCGGAAAUAACUGGUGACUUCAUAUCCUUCUAUGUAAUGUUUGUUUAUUAUUUUCAUAGAAAAAAUGAUAUAAAUAUGGCAUUUUCAUGCAUAGAGAGGCAUGUACCUGCACUCUUUUUCAUCCUGAUUUAUGUCAUCUAAUGCUGCAAAACAGAAAGAUUUUAGGGCUAAAACGGCCGUUAGCACUUAGCUUAGAAGGUGGGUAGAUCAAAGCAAAAGAAUUCCUUUUGCAUUUGUCACCAAAACAUGGCCUCAUGAGCUCGGAACGCAUAACUAAGCAAAUUUAAGCAAUUAUCAAGCUGUCUUCCCGCAUGAUUAUAGAUGAUGCUGACCUCUUAGCUUGUAUUCAACUUGUAUAAUUUCGAUAAAAGUUUUCCAAGUUAAAUAGGAAGUUCUAUCUUUGCUGAAUAUAUUAUACAAUUCAUGCACUCUGAAGAUGCUUUGUCAUUUUAUGAUUACUGCAUGUUUAAUUAAUGUAUGAUUUUUACUUGAUUUGCUUAGGAUCUUAUUUCUUUAAACUUCUGUUGGACUGAAAUAAUUUUAUGGCUUACAAUUAAGUUUGUAUUUGCUAUUGCAAUCUCUUGGAAGAAAUGUAUGAAUAUCACGUGUUUGAAGGUUUGAAUGCACAGUUUAGGUAUUAGAUCUCUGGAUGAAAAGAAGAUGCUUUUUCUUCUUUUUUUUAUUAGAUUAACUUCUUGUGAUUGCAAAAUAUGCGAAUAUGGCUUGAGUUGUAUACGUACAUGUUUGAGCUUGAAUUUGAACUUUUCCUUGUAUAGAUGUUCAUAAUUCAUUUCCUGUAUUUCAUGAAAAACUGUUUACCUAUUCACCUUUCUACUUGGCCAUGUAGAUUAAAUAGUGAUACAUGGAAGCAAAUAUCUGCUUCCCAAAAGAAAAACCCCAUGAUCUUUAUUUGCUACAGAACUGCUAUAUUUUAAUGUGGUUUCACUGGGCUUGAUCCUCCAUCUCCUCUCUUUUCUCCCCCAUUUCUCCGGUCUCUUCGAUACCAGAUCAUCAGUCAUUGGCUUAUUACAGGAGAAAGUAGUAGCGGAAAUAAAACAUCGUUGAGGAGCAUGCAAACAAAUAUGCAAUUCUAACUUGCAUUUUAGAAAAGAUCCUGUUUUAAGUCCUGCUGUAAAUCCCUUGAAAAAUCACACUCUGUUGGUGAAGUUACUUUGGACAAUACUGCACCUAUAAUGAGCAAUUCUUGGGAAUAAGCAGUUUUGCCAUCUUAUUUUUAUUUAGAAAAUUCAGUUUACCUUGGGUUACUUAUCUUUUGUGCCAGCUAGGAACAUACAUGGAGACCAUAAUGCUGGGCCAUUUGGGAAGAGUUCAUGAAAGGUGUAUAAAUUGGAUUUUUUUUUUUAUUGAACUACACAAGAAUAUUUGAGCCAUCAAAUGUCAUCCUGCUGAUAUUUCUAGUUUUACUUGGCUGUAUAAGUUCUAAACCAUAAUUGCUUUAUUUGUAAAUAUUAAUACACUAUUACACGAUUUAGGAAAUUAUACAGGCUGAGGUUUGUUUGUUGUCUGUCAAAGAAGAACCACAAGAGCUGCUACUUCAGGGAAGGAAGCUAUGCUACGAACAGGGCACAAGGAAACAGAAAGUCAUGAUAACAAUAACCAGAAGGUUUAUCCUCAACCAAUAGAUGAGACUGUGAAUCAUAACAAGGAAUCCAUGGAUGCACUGAUAUUAAAGAUCUUCAACAACAUUUCCUCUCUGAAAACUGCAUACAUUCAACUUCAGAAUGCUCAUACUCCCUAUGAUCCGGACAAGAUCCAGGCUGCUGAUAAACUUGUAAUCGAGGAACUAAUGAAGCUUUCCGAACUCAAACAUUCCUAUAGGGAUAAAAACCCCAAACUCACAUCAGCAUCACCUAAAGAUUCACGUCUACUUGCUGAAAUCCAAGAGCAACAAAACUUACUCAAAACCUAUGAAGUCAUGGUAAAGAAAUUUCAGUCCCAGAUUCAAACAAGAGACUCUGAGAUUGUUCAAAUGCAGAAACAAAUCCAGGAGUCCGGCCAGAGAAAGAUGAAAUUGGAGAAGAAACUUAAGCAGAGGGGUCUGCUUCCCAAGGAAUCAGAGGCUUUUGAAGAAGAAAACAGUUUCUUCUCCAUCGAGUUGACUCCUAGUCUUUUCUCUUCUGCUGUGGACACAGCAUACAAAUCCAUCCAUGACUUCUCAAAACCACUGAUUAACAUGAUGAAAAUGGCCAGGUGGGAUCUUGAUGCAGCAGCCAACGCAAUUGAAUCUGCAGUUGUCUAUGCAAAAAGGGCUCAUAAGAAGUAUGCAUUUGAGUCACACAUUUGUCAGAAAAUGUUCAGUGGGUUCCAGGAGGAGAACUUCUCCAUGGAACCAUCCAAUCUUACUGCUUCUCAUGAGGGUUUCUUCCAUCAGUUUCUUGCUAUAAGAGCUAUGGAUCCACUGGAUGUAUUGAGCCAAAAUCCGGACUCGGUUUUUGGGAAGUUCUCACGGAAAAAGUACCUAUUAGUCGUGCACCCAAAGAUGGAAGCCUCAUUCUUCGGUAACCUGGAUCAGAGAAACUAUGUAAUGAGUGGUGGGCACCCAAGGACACCGUUCUACCAGGCUUUUCUAAAGCUGGCUAAAUCAGUAUGGCUAUUACAUAGGCUAGCGUAUUCAUUUUAUCCUAAAGUGGAGGUUUUUCAGGUGAAGAAAGGAAUCGAGUUCUCGGAGGUCUAUAUGGAAAGUGUUGUGAGGAACAUAAUUCUCGAAGAGGGAGAUUCAAAGCCUAAAGUUGGGCUUAUGGUCAUGCCAGGUUUUAUGAUUGGAGGCAGUGUUAUACAAUCUCUAGUGUAUCUUUCGGGUGUGAGAUGUUCUGAACAAGUACUGAGCUUUGAACUUUUUUAUUGUUCUAAAGCGAAGUAUUGUGCACCUCACCUGUUUAUAUCUCUUGGGGUUUGAUGGAUCUAGGUUUUGCUUCAAACUAUAUGCUCAAGCGUCGAAGAAAUUAAGACUCAUUCUAUGCCUUGUGCUGUUAGGGGACUCUUGGAAACUUUAUUGUUUGUAUUCAUGGAGUAACUUCCAUUAGUACUGUCUUUCAAGGUUGCAAGUGUAGAUAGAGGAGCUUAAUUGAAGUGCCUUUAAUAUAUAUAUAUAUAUAUAUAUAUAUAUAUAUAUAUAUAUAUAUAUAUAUAUAUAUAUUGGGCCUAUGAAUAUUGUUUAGAAGUCUUGUAACUUUUGUCCAUGUUUUGUGUUAAACUCGGAACUCAACUCCAUCCAUAUUCAGACAUCAACGCCAUCCAUA